AUGGCUGAGAAACAACAAUCCAAUUUCCUUGUCGAUUUCUUGAUGGGUGGUGUCAGUGCUGCUGUCGCCAAGACAGCAGCUUCUCCUAUCGAGAGAGUGAAGUUGCUGAUCCAGAACCAGGAUGAGAUGAUCAAGCAGGGGUCUUUGGACAGAAAGUACAACGGUAUCGUGGACUGUUUCAAGAGAACCGCGCAAACGGAGGGUAUCGUUGCGUUCUGGAGAGGUAACACUGCCAACGUGAUCCGUUAUUUCCCAACACAGGCUUUGAACUUCGCGUUCAAGGACAAGAUCAAGGCGUUGUUUGGUUUCAAGAAGGAGGAAGGCUAUGCCAAGUGGUUUGCUGGUAACUUGGCAUCCGGUGGUGCUGCUGGUGGUCUGUCGCUAUUGUUUGUGUACUCGUUGGACUAUGCCAGAACCAGAUUGGCAGCCGACUCGAAGUCUUCCAAGAAGGGUGGUGAACGUCAAUUCAACGGGUUGGUCGAUGUUUACAAGAAGACUUUGGCUUCCGACGGUAUUGCUGGUUUGUACAGAGGUUUCCUUCCAUCUGUUGUUGGUAUUGUUGUCUACAGAGGUUUGUACUUUGGUCUUUACGACUCCGCAAAGCCAUUGUUGUUGACCGGUUCUUUGCAAAACUCGUUCUUGGCGUCUUUCCUAUUGGGUUGGGUUGUUACCACUGGUGCUUCCACUGCUUCUUACCCAUUGGACACCGUGAGAAGAAGAAUGAUGAUGACUUCUGGUCAAGCCGUUAAGUACGACGGUGCUUUCGACUGUUUCAGAAAGAUCGUCGCCGCUGAAGGUGUCGGCUCUCUGUUCAAGGGCUGCGGUGCUAACAUUCUAAGAGGUGUCGCUGGUGCCGGUGUCAUCUCCCUAUACGACCAAUUGCAAAUGAUAAUGUUCGGUAAGAAGUUCAAAUAA